GAAGGUCAAGAGCGCAGCACACGCAGUCCCGAGGAAACGUGCGCGCAACGGCUGCGUCUUUUAAUCGGAGGAAAAGCAGGCGAGCAGAGCUCAAAGCCCGUGAAGGAAACAGAACAGAAGCUGACACGUGAAAUCAAAAGGGGGCUCAGGAGAGGAAAUGAGAGAGGAGAGCUAGGCGGCUUGGUCGCUGACGUCCCAGUAAACGCACUCUUACAAAUGACGCCGAGGCUCUUGGCUGAGCGCUACACGGCAAAGAUGAACAAAUCUGCCUAUCCUAAGAUAGACGAGAACAAAGAUAACAAGAGCGAGUCUGCAGAGAAAGGCCGUGCAGCUAUCGUGUUCUCCCUAAAGAAUGAAGUCGGGGGGCUUGUCAAAGCACUAAAACUGUUCCAGGAAAACCACGUGAACCUCCUUCACAUCGAAUCGAGGAAGUCCAGGAGGCGUAACUCGGAGUUUGAGAUCUUGGUGGACUGCGACAGCAACCACGAGCAGCUCAACGAGAUCAUCCAGCUGCUGCGGAAACACGUGAACGUGCUGGACACGGAGGCACCCAGGAAGACUCUGCCGGAGGAGGACGAGAUGGAUAAUGUGCCCUGGUUUCCCAAAAAGAUCUCUGACCUGGAUAAAUGUGCGAAUCGUGUGCUGAUGUAUGGAUCAGACCUGGAUGCCGACCACCCGGGCUUUAAGGACAAUGUCUAUCGUAAACGGAGAAAGUAUUUUGCAGACCUGGCUAUGAGUUACAAGCAUGGAGACCCCAUUUCACGCAUUGAGUUCACAGAAGAGGAGGUAAAGACGUGGGGGGUUGUGUUCCGAGAGCUCAAUAAGCUGUAUCCUUCUCACGCCUGCCGUGAAUACCUGAAGAACUUACCUCUUCUCACCAAGUACUGCGAGUAUCGCGAGGACAACAUUCCCCAGCUGGAGGAUGUCUCACGCUUCCUAAGAGAGCGCACGGGGUUCACCAUCAGACCCGUGGCAGGGUACCUCUCCCCCAGAGACUUUCUGGCUGGUCUGGCCUUCCGUGUGUUCCACUGCACACAGUACGUCCGGCACAGCUCUGAUCCUCUCUACACACCUGAACCAGACACAUGUCAUGAACUGUUAGGUCAUGUACCUCUUCUGGCUGAGCCUAGCUUUGCCCAGUUCAGUCAGGAGAUAGGACUCGCCUCACUGGGAGCAUCUGAUGAUGCAGUUCAGAAACUUGCCACUUGUUACUUUUUCACUGUGGAGUUCGGGCUGUGCAAGCAAGAGGGGAAACUGAGAGCGUAUGGGGCAGGACUGUUGUCCUCCAUCAGUGAGUUAAAGCAUGCUCUAUCAGAUAAUGCCCGAAUCACACCCUUCGACCCCAAAGUCACCUGCAAACAGGAGUGCAUCAUAACCACAUUUCAAGACGUGUACUUUGUGUCAGACAGCUUUGAAGAGGCCAAAGUCAAAAUGAGGGAGUUUGCAAAGACAAUCAAGCGACCUUUCACGGUGCGUUACAACCCUUACACACAGAGCGUGGACGUCCUGAAGGACACAACCAGCAUCAACAGUGUAGUGGAAGAACUGAGACACGAACUGGACAUCGUGGGAGAUGCACUGAACAGACUCAACAAACAUCUGGGCGUCUGAACGUCCAUCUCACAAGUCAUGUUUUAUAUAUUACUUUUUCCCAUCAAGAGCAAACACACUAAAAUCUUUCACAUUCCCAGAGCACAUUUUUUCCCAAAUAGUUUGUCUAAAAAAGUAAAAUGCCUUGUUUUGUUUUUGUAAAAAGACAAUCUAAUCAAUCUAAGCAGACAAAGUCAAUUUCUUUUAGCCUUUUAAAAUCAUUACAGCCUACUGUUAAUUGUACUUUUUAACAGAGAUUUCUACCCAGAUUUAUGCAAAGGUAAAGAUUAAAUGAGUGAACUAAAUGAUCUUUUACGCUACUUAUAAGACCAUUACUCUUUACAGGGUCAUUGUAAUAAAGUGACGUUUGCUCUUGUCAAGAUAAGAUAAUGCAUUUGUGAUUUCAGCUUUUUUGUGUAGAGGUCAUUGAAAGCCAUCUUGGCAUUGUAAUGCACCUUAUUCGUUAUAAUUUGAUAUUUAUUAUGAGCUUGUACCUUAAAGCUUUAGUAUCCUCUUUUUCUCUAUAUUCAGUAUUAGGGGAAAAGGACAAGUACAUGUUUUGUUUUGUCUAAAUGUGAACCUAAUUCUAUCAUGUUUUUAUGAUAAUAUUUCUUAAAUCUCCCCAUGCUGUUAGCUGUGUCUCAUGUCUUGUAUGCUAAAUUUAAUCUUUCCUUAUAUGAAAUGAGUUUCUUUUCAUUUAGAAUGAAAAUGAUUCAUGUAAUUACGUCUUUGGUAUGUAAGGAUAAUUUUUACAUAUUAGUGUUAAGACAGCUUAUGCUUCUAGAUAAUGAAUCCAGAUGUUUGUAUUCUCAAAUAGCUAUCGUACCACAGCCCUAUUAACACUUCAAGUAUAAAAUUGCUUGAUGUUGAUAAAUGUAGAAGUGUAGAAGCUCAUUUUAAUAAAAUUCCUUAUUUUUGUACCACAGCA